AUGGAUUGGCCCCUGAACUCUCUCAACCCUCUCACAACCUCCCUCCUUGUUGUCCUCCUCCUCCUCGGCCUACUCUUCAUCCGCCCCAAGCCCGCCGGCAAGACACCACCCGGGCCCAGGGGCAUCCCCAUCCUCGGCAACCUCCUCCAGCUGGGGGACCUUCCCCACGAGUCCAUGCACCGUUGGCGGGGUCCUCACGGCCCCGUCCUCUGGCUCAAGCUCGGCGCUGUUGGGACAAUGGUCGUCCAGAGCUCGACAUCCGCUGCAGAGCUGUUCAAGAAGCACGACCUUGCCUUUGCCGACCGCAAGGUCCCUGACGUGAUCACCGCAUUCGAUUUCAGCAUCGGGACACUCAGCAUGAGCCGGUUCGGGCCCUACUGGCGGGCCCUACGCCGCCUCUGCUCCGCGGAGUUCUCCGUCAGCAGGCGCGUGAACGAGACCGCCGGCCUCCGACACCGCCUCCGCGGCGACAUGGAGCGGUGGAUCCUCGAGGAGUCGGCCGCUGACCGCGCCCGUGGGGGCAUGGGGGCUGUCCAGCUCAGCCGGUUUCUGUUCCUGAUGGCGUUCAACCUGAUGGGGAACCUGAUGCUGUCGAUGGACCUGCUGGAUGCCAAGGAUCCUGAGUCGAGGCAGUUCUUCGACUGCAUGAGCCGGGCAAUCGAGCUUGAGGGGACUCCCAACAUAGCCGACUACUUGCCGUGGCUCAAGUGGAUGGACCCACUGGGAAUGAAACGGGAGAUGAAGAGGAAUCUGAGCGUCGCGAUGCGGAUAACGUCCGGGUUCAUCAAGGAGAGGCUGGAAGAGCGCAAGGCGGGAAAAGCCCGGGAGACGAAGGAUUUUCUGGACGUGCUGCUCGAGUACGAGGGGGAUGGGAAGGACGGGCCUGAACGCAUUACUGAAAAGAAUGUCAACAUCGUCAUUACGGAAAUGUUCUUUGCGGGAUCUGAGACCACGAGCAUCAGCAUCGAGUGGGGGUUCGCCGAGCUCCUUCGCAGCCCACACGCGUUCAAGAAAGUGCGGGAGGAGCUUGACCGGGUCGUGGGCGUGGACCGGCGGGUCGAGGAGAAGGACAUCGAGAACAUGCCUUACCUGCAAGCGGUCGUUAAAGAGGCUUUCCGCCUACACCCUGUAGUGCCCCUGCUGCUCCCCAGGAAUGCACAGGAGGAUACCAACUACAUGGGCUACCACAUCCCCAAGGACACGCAGGUGUUCGUCAACGUGUGGUCCAUCGGGCGGGACCCGGAGGUUUGGCCCGACCCGCUCGACUUCAGGCCCGAGAGGUUCCUCGGGUCCAAUAUAGAGUACAAGGGCCAGCACUUUGAGUUGAUCCCAUUUGGGUCGGGCCGGAGGAUCUGCGUCGGGUUCAUGCUGGCCCACCGGAUGGUCCACCUGGCGAUGGCAACCCUGGUUCAGUCGUUCGAGUGGGAUCUCGGGCCGGGCGUCAAGCCCGAAGACAUUGACAGGGAGGAAAGGCUAGGUUUGGCAUUGAGGAAGAAGAACCCUCUGUUUGUGAUCCCGACUAAGCGCAUAAAUUGUUGA